AUACAAGACACUAUAAUAGAGUAAUUUUUAAAUUCUUUGUGGAUGUAUUAAUAUUUAAAAUGUCUAUUAAAUAAUGUAAAAAAUAUAGUAAUUUGUUGAUCCUAUAAAGUAUGGUUUCAUAUCGUAAAAUUGGCUGAAACUUUUAACUUUUAAAUUAUGUUACCUUUAAAUCAUGUUUUGGACCAGAAUUCCAUUUAAAUUUAAGGUAAUAAUUUAAGAAAAGAUGAUUAAUACACGAACUCUGCCGGAGAAAUCUAGAUCGAAAUCCCUGAAGCAGAUUUGUAGGUCAAUUAGCACCUUUUUCUUAAACGAUUCCAUCAAAAGGACCCAAUUUAGCUCACAAAACAUAAACUUUGUAAAUGAUUCUAAAUAUAAUGAAAGUAAAAGCACUUUUUAUCAGAGUAAACAGGCUCCGGAAGCAGUGGGUAGAAUCCCAAGUCAUAGAAGAGGAAGUAUCAGGAAAAGAAGAUCAAAUAGUGCACCAAAUAGACCUUUAGUGGACUAUUCCUCAUUAUCUAAACCUGGAGAACCUCAAAAAGAUUAUUCAGGACGGCCACUUCAUGAGAUUUUACAUACUGAAUGUCGCCAAAGCCUGUUAUCUACAGGAAUGAAACACUUAAAUUUAUCGGGAUUUGUAAACUUAGUUUUUGUAAUUUUAGUAGCCAUGAACUUCAGGCUUGUUAUUAAUAAUUUCAGAAAAUACGGACUUUUAAUGGAAAUACCCAAGGGUUUUACACAAAUGUAUCAAGAUUGGCCCUUACUACGAUGUACUUUAAAAACUCAUAUAGCAAUAUUGUUUGCCUGGGGAAUAGAACGUUUCAUAGCACCCCUAUCUACAAAGCCGUUAACACUACCUAUGGUUUUACUCCAACUGCUGAACAUUUUAAUUGUUCUACUAUACCCAUAUCUCACUGUCAUAUCAUAUAAAACCGAACCAUCGCUAUCAGCAUUGAUGCUGAUCACUUCAGUAGUUUGGGCAUUUAAAAUGUACUCAUUUCAUCACGUCUGUUUCGAUUACAGAAAAGCGGUCUGUAACGGAGAUAACUUGUUGGAAGUGUGCAAAAGCAGAAAAGAAGCGAAAAUUGCUUCAACAUAUCCAAAUUGUAUUAAGUUAACUGAGUUUUACAGAUUCAUUAUUAUGCCUACAGUUUGCUUCCAGUUUUAUUAUCCAAUGACACCUAAAAUUAACUGGAUGACUGCGUUUAAACAGUUUUUACAAUUUGUUUUCUUCUUAGCAGUUAUCAAGAUUUUAGCAGACCAGUACAUUGUGGUGGCAGUGACGAACACAUUCACAAUGGACGAAUUCAAAUCUGCAAACUUCUUCACAGUCGCAUGCCAUAUUAUAGAUAGGAUGUUGCUGUUGUCUGUGCCCAUUCUCUACUGCUGGCUUCUCAUGUUCGUGGUCAUUUUCCACUUCUGGUGUAAUUUCCUAGCUGAAAUCACUCGGUUCGGAGAUCGACGUUUCUACGGAGAUUGGUGGAAUGCGUCCUGUUUCGGGGAGUACUGGAGGAAGUGGAACCUGCCCAUACAUCAGUUUCUAAUAAGGCAUAUAAGUAAGCCCUUGACGAACUUGGGCUUACCGAGAGGGCUCAUUAACAUCGUGGUUUUCGUUAUCUCGGCGGCACUUCAUGAAUAUCUGAUAUCAGUGCCUCUGGGACUAGGGUGGACAGGGUACGUUUUCUGGGCCAUGAUGGGACAAAUUCCACUACUUCUUUUUACCGAUAUGGAUGUGAUAAAAAACAAUAAAACACUUGGAAAUGUGUUAUUUUGGUGUUUAUUCUGUUUUACCGGACAACCAUUGGGAGUGUUACUGUACUGGUACCUUUGGGGAGUUAAACAGGGAUCGUUCAUCUAGGCCCACCUAAUUCUGUAAAUCUCAUUAAAUUUU